AUGACGGCGGAACCCCUCUUCGAUAAUUGGAAGUUCUUUGAUCACAGCGUUCAUAUAGAUGAUAUUCAGGCGGCGGCGGUGGAAAGUAGCAAGCGGCGGCGAUUGAAAUACUCUCCAACGGCGGCCACAAACUCCGACGAAGUUAUUCCCUCCUUGAAGAUGACUGGUGCUUCGGUGUGCUUCCCGAUGGAAAAACCCGGCAAGCCACGUGGCGAAGACGCCCACUUCAUAUCAACCAAGUACCAGACAAUCGGCGUGGCCGACGGCGUCGGCGGCUGGGCUAAACUAGGCAUAGACGCCGGAAAAUACUCCCGCCAGCUCAUGAUGAACUCCGUCCGCUCUUUACGCCGCCUGCCGAGAUGCGCCGGCGGCGUAAACCCUAAAAGAGUCCUCCAACACGCGUACAAGAGAACCACCGCACAGGGCUCCUCCACCGCAUGCAUCGUCACACUCUCCGGCGACAAACUGCGGGCCGCCAACGUCGGCGACAGCGGGUUUCUUGUCAUCAGAAACGGCGGCGUCGUAUACCGGUCGCCAACUCAGCAACGAGGAUUCAACUGCCCUUAUCAACUCGGGAUCGGAAAGGAUAACCCAAGUAUUUGCGACGAGAUCGAGUUUUCCGUAAAAUCGGGGGAUGUGGUCGUGGCGGGAACAGACGGGUUGUUCGAUAAUGUCGGCGAAAGCGAAGUGGUCGAGAUUAUUACCAAGACUUGCAGAGACGGCGAUUUGAAUAGACAGGUGUCGUAUUUGGCCAACAUCGCGCUUUACAACUCGAUGGACGCGUACACCGAGGAAACCCCGUUUUCGAUCGCGUCGAGGAAGGCCGGAAGGCCUCACAAGGGAGGCAAGCGCGACGACAUUACGGUUAUUAUUGCUCGAAUCGAAUGA